CUAAUGAUGACGUGGCACAGUGCGAUGGUAGUAUGCGUGGAGCCGCUUCGAUCGGGAGCAGUGUGCGAGUCUUCUCGACAAUAAUAACAACCUUCACUCCCAACUUUCUUCCUGCACACCACAAAGGGAAGGCGGAUAUCCGUGUAAGAAGCGAACUGCAGUUUGGCCGGCUUUACACGUGUCCCGGAUAUGCUAAGACUGUGACCGGACAGGAGACGUUAUGGAGGAACAGUACAUUAAACCAGGGAACCAGGACCGGGGCUGGAACGACCCUCCCCAGUUCUCUUACGGUCUGCAGACCCAAGCUGGACCAAAGCGGAACCUCCUCAAUAAACGAGUUCCCCCACCACAACUGAGCGACUGUCAAAGUCCUGUUCCAGGUAUGACUCCUCCAGCAAGUCACUCAACUCCACCCAGCAACCCUCUGGCCCCACCUCCUUGUGGGGUGGCCACACCCCCACGGUCUCUUCCAAUGAAGGGACAGUCGGACACACCCACUGCCCAAUCAGAGAAUGAGCCCUGCGUUGAUGACGUCAUCACUGUGUUAACCUGCACCCUGACGUCUUGUAGGCGUACGGUGAAGAAACAAGUGUGUGAUGAUGUGGCCAGAAGAUUGAAGCUUUUUGAAGAUGCUUGGAGAGAUGGGAAGCUUUCGCUCCCUGUUAGAAGAAGGAUGAACCUUCUGGCACAAGAGAUGAGGAGCCAGAAGUGGGACAGUGCAGAUGAGAUCCACCGAAGCCUGAUGGUGGACUUCGCCGGCGAGGUCAGCCAGUGGAUGGUGGGGGUCAAGCGGCUGAUCGCUGAGGCGCGGCGCCUUGGCCCGGAUGUCCUGAACACUGCAAAGUCGGAUCCGUUCCCAGACUCGUCUCACGGUGGAGAUGCUGCCACGGAGUAGACUGGGACGGCAUUUACUGGGAAUUUCUGAUGGGACGCUCGUUUUUUUUUUCUCUUGUUUUUGCAGUUUUGGAGCAAGGUGGGUCCUUGUCACUUGAAAAGUUGCAUCCAUUGUUUUGUUUUUGUGUUUCUUCUUUGGAAUAAAUGUUCCUCAUUCCGAGUGGAUGUUAAAGGGAAGCGUAACUUAAGCAUUUAACAGUUUACAGUCUACACUUUUUGUGCGGUAUGCAAUGCACUUCUUUGUAUCUGUUUAUUUUUUCCCCACUGUAACUGAAUCUUUCUCACCCUCAGUUUCUGCCGGAUGAGUAACAUCUGAUGAGGAGACGGUCGUAAUUGUAGCCGGUGUCAUCCGUAAUCUGAAGGGCGUGUUGGAUGGUUUCUGCAUUUAAUGUAACGGGUGCCCAGCAGUCACAGUGAGAAGCCCUGGUUUCUUUGAAACACUGAAUGAGGAUGUAACAUUGUUUCAUUCCAUUGUUAUUUUUUGUAUAUAUGUAAAGCACCGUUUAGCACAAUGGUGUUUUAUUCAUGCCUGUUCGCAGACCUAACGGCACAGUGCGCGUUUCAGAUUGUUCUUUAAAGGGGAAUUCCUCCAGAUCUGUCUUUUGUUGUUCUGUUUGCGUUUUUAUGGUAGAAAUACCCAUGAAGGGGGGGGGGGGUGAGAUUAGGCAUUUAAUUUUCGGGUUCAUGCUUUAAAGUUAGCAUUUGGUUCUGCGCUUUGUACCUCCCACCCCCGUGUAGAUCACAGCAGGAUUUCCCCCCCCCUCCAGCCCCCAUGCAUUUCGGUGUCUCCACAGAAACCAUUUACCUUUCAAUGGCAUGGAGCUGUGGAAGGACAGGAAGCAGAGAAGGGCAUGGAGAUGUGAGAGAGUCAGUGGUGCAUGCAAUGUCGCUGGGUUUGGGUUUAUAACAUGAGGUUUGGGGAACGUAGAUUUUUGUAUUUAAUUCCCUUCCAACCACCAGCUUUCAGGAUUCGGGACUCUGGGAGAUUCUACAUGCAUCCAAGGCUACCUGAACAGAUAUAAAUGUAUUUGAAUUAUUUGACAAAUAAUUUAAAAAGCUUAUAAAUUAUAAAAAAUAAAGCAAUUUAAAUGGUAA